GGUCAUCCUCGCCCACUGCAGAUGGUGUGCACGCCUCCGCUGCUGCUGAUGAUGAUGCUGUUGAUGAUGCUGGCUAUGGUGGCGGCGAGGAGGAGGGCGGUGGUGCCUCCCUGCUGGGUCCGCUGGAUGUGGUGCUGGUGGAGGACGAGUUGGAGCGACUGGCGCUGAUGGAGGCCGGCAUCCCCAACGUGUUGUCGCUGCCCCCCAGCGCCGUGUGGGACUUCAUGGAGCUGGGCAGGCAGCGGGCGGAGCAGGCAGCUGCUGCGGGGGCUGGUGCGGGGGCGGACUCGUCAUCAUCAUCAUCACCUGCGGGGCAGGGUCGUAACAGCAGCAGCAGUACCGGCAGCAGUGGAGGCGGGCGGCGGACUGCUGACUCGGUGACCAGCUACAUGUGGGGAAGCCGGGAGGUGUUGCUGCCUCCCCCCUCCGCGGUGGGUGGUCAGGUGGCGGUCACCCUGGCACUGAGGGAGCAGCCGGGCAGCCGCAUGCUGGCGGAGGAGCUGGCGGGCAUGUUGACUCGGGAGCGCUGCCGCGUGCUGCGCUGGGGGGAGGCGGGCGGCUGGGGGCCGCAGCAGGGGCAGGGGCAGCAGGUGGGGGCAGCAGCAGCAGGAGCAGCGGGAGGCAUGUACGACUCGCCAUUCACCAUGGACCCGGCGUUCGCUGCUGCUGCCGCUGAUAUGUCGGAGGAGGGUCCCGAGUACCUCAAUGAGGACUUUGCAGAGGCGGCCUUCGCAACCGCAACCGCAGCAGCUCCCUUCACCGCCUCGCCCUACUCCC